UCUACAAUCGGAAACACCUUCCAUUUUAUCCACACCAUUUUUUAUCAUUCAAUCUUUCUUGAAAUUCUUUCUGUAUCGCAAUUCCUUUAAAAACCGUCUCCCCCUAUUUCCCCCUUUUUGGAACUGUACCUUUUCACACUCAACCUUCGUUACUGCAAGAUUCGCAUCUCCCCACCGCCGCUUUCCGCGUUUUCACCCAAUUUAAUUCACCCAAUUUUUUCAAAACCCUUAUUAAUUUCUCAACCCAUAUCGUUUAAAAAAGCAAUCUUGCAGCGGGCCCUCUGUAUUUGUGAAAGUAACGUAGCUAUGGUUGGGAAGAGAAUUAUAGCCAUCUGUCAGUCCGGUGGUGAAUUUGAGUCAAAUGCAGAAGGCUUAUUGUCUUAUAGAGGUGGUGAUGCACAUGCUAUGGAGAUCGAUGAUAAAAUGAAGUUUAAAGAUUUCAAAUUAGAGGUAGCAGAGAUGUUUAGCUGCAAUCUUGGUACCCUGGCAAUCAAAUACUUCCUUCCUGGGAAUAAGAAGACCCUUAUCAGCAUUUCAAACGACAAAGACCUCAAGUGCAUGCUCAAGUUUCAUAACGACUCUGACACUGCCGAGAUAUAUGUUAUGACAGAAGAAAUUGCUGCCCCUGAUGUAUCCCAGAUGCUGGGGAGUAGGUCUAGUAGAACAACUUUGUCAGAAGCUGAUGUUCCUGUUGAUGCUUCCCCAAGUUUGGUGGAAAAUAUUGUGGGUGACGUAAGCAAGCCUGAUAUCCUUCUUGGUGCUGAUUUUGAUGUGGUUGGUGAUACUAACCAUGAUGAUGCCCAAACCAUGGUAACAAGUGAAAUGCCAAUAUCCAGUGAGAUGCCUAUAUCCGGUGGUUUGCCUUUGCCAAUUUCUUUCACUGCUUCGUAUGAUGAAAAGCAUACUAAAGCUGCACAACAGUGGCAGAACAAUAUCACUGGUGUUGGCCAAAGGUUCAACAGUGUUCAUGAGUUUCGUGAGGCCUUGCGAAAAUAUGCCAUCGCACAUCAAUUUGCUUUUAAGUACAAGAAGAAUGAUAGCCAUCGUGUGACUGUAAAGUGCAAGGCUGAGGGCUGUCAGUGGAGGAUACAUGCAUCCAGAUUGUCAACCACCCCGCUUAUUUGUAUUAAAAAAAUGAAUCCAACACAUACAUGUGAAGGUUCAGUGCUAGCUACUGGUUAUCAAGCAACAAGAAGUUGGGUAGCUAGUAUCAUUAAGGAGAAGCUGAAGGUUUUCCCAAACUACAAACCAAAGGACAUUGUUAAUGACAUCAAACAGGAAUAUGGAGUCCAGCUAAAUUACUUUCAGGCGUGGAGAGGCAAGGAAAUUGCUAAGGAACAGCUUCAGGGUUCUUAUAAAGAGGCGUAUAGUCAGUUACCACUUUUCUGUGAGAAGAUAAUGGAAACAAAUCCAGGAAGUCUAGCCACUUUCACUACUAAAGAAGAUUCAAGUUUUCAUCGCCUGUUUGUUUCUUUCCAUUCUUGUUUAUAUGGCUUUGAACAAGGUUGCCGUCCUUUGCUUUUUCUGGACAGUAUAUUUCUGAAGUCAAAAUAUCAAGGUUCUUUGUUGGCUGCUACUGCUGCUGAUGGGGAUGGUGGAUUUUUUCCGGUUGCUUUUGCUAUUGUAGACAUGGAAUCGGAUGAUAACUGGCACUGGUUCUUACAACAACUAAAGACUGCACUACCUAUGUGUCGUGGUUUAACUAUUGUAGCAGAUAGGGAGAAAGGAUUGAGAGAGUCGAUUGCUGAAAUCUUUCAGAAUGAGGAUGUUUAUCAUGCAUAUUGUCUUCGCUAUUUAUCAGAACAACUUCUUAGAGAUUUGAAUGGGCAAUACUCUCAUGAAGUAAAGAAGCUUAUGGUUGAGGAUCUUCGCAGUGCAGCUCAUGCCUCUAUGCCUGAAGGCUUCCAGAGGCAUGUGGAAAGCAUAAAGAGUAUAUCAGUCGAAGCAUAUAAUUGGGUGAUGCAAAGUGAGCCCGUUCACUGGGCGAAUGCAUUUUUCCAGGGUGCCAGAUACAACCAUAUGACAUCAGACUUCGGGGAGCAGUUUUACAGUUGGGUGUCGGAUGCACAUGAAUUGCCCAUAACCCGGAUGGUUGAUGCAAUACGUAAUAGGAUUAUGGAAUUGAUAUACUCCCGGCAUACGCAAUCUCUGGAAUGGCUAACACCAACGUUGACUCCAUCAAUGGAUGAAAGGAUAAGGUUGACUCCAUCAAUGGAGGAAAGGCUAGAGCAGGAAAGCCUCAAGAUCAGGACGCCUCCUCAAGUAUUAAUAUUAGCCAGUAACAGAUUUGAGUUUCGUGGAGAUACCAUUGAAACUGUUGAUGUCGAGAACUGUGACUGUAGUUGCAGGGGUUGGCGGCUAACAGGGCUCCCUUGUUUCCAUGCAAUUGCUGUUAUUGGUUGUCUUAACCGGGAGUUGAGGGAUUAUUGCUCUAGAUACUUCACAAUUGACAGCUAUAGAAUAACAUACUCACAGUCGGUGAAUCCUAUUACUAGCAUAGAUGAUACAUGGCAGAAGGAUACCUCUGAAUUGGCAGUGACAGUAACUCCUCCUCCAACUCGUCGUCCACCUGGCCGGCCUACUACUAAGCAAGUAAGCGCCCAAGAUGUUGGGAGGCGCCAACUCCAGUGCAGUAGGUGCAAAGGUACUGGACACAACAAGUCGACUUGUAAAGAGUUUUUGUUGGAGUGUUAGCGGUAAAGUGCUGCGACGUCGAAAAUAAUGGAUAGAAUCAGCUAUUUUUCGUACUAUUAUUUCACACUCCCUCUGUCGUAAGAUGAGUAAAAAACAUGCUUAUCUCGGUAUUAUAAGUGGAUCUUCAACCGGCUAAAUCCUUUCAACAAGCAUGUUUUAUUCUUUUAUCUUGGCACACCUUUGCUUUUGAUGGAAAGUGUCUUAUCGUUAUCACAUGUACAUAUAGAAGAAACAUACCUUGUUUUACCGCGUAAGCAUGUUUUUACAACUUUUGGCAAACAUAUAUGGUCGUGAAGUUGCUAUAGUCACACAA